ACCCAUGUAAACAAGGCAGAGGUGUCGUCGGAAGUUCUGGAUCUGCUUAAUACCGCUUUAGUCUGUGUUUCUUUCUUUCGUUUCUGCUGACGGGUGCCUUGUGCAAGCAAUUAAGGUCUCUCUCUCGGGCAGUGGCAGCCUUCCCAUCGCCUAUAGAUCAUCAGAUUUAUUUUAUCUAGGCUGGAUAAUUCAAAAGGUCAUUCAUCAUGAUAGAAGAAAUAGAGAACAUUGUCACAAGUCUUUGUGCGAACCAGAAAUUAGAGAGAGAUCGAGCAGUUGCAGAGCUUGGCUUGAAGAUAAAAUCACUGCCGCCUGAAGUUAUUUUGAAUUUGCAGAAGACUUUAUUGGAAAUUAUACUGGAUCCUAAAAGUUCAUGGGAAAGCAAACAUGGGUCUCUUCUGGGUGUACGUCUCAUAAUACUUACAUUAGAGCCGGAUGUGGAUGGUCAAUUUCAUUCAGAUGUUCGACAGGCAGGACUGAAGAUGCUCACUGAUCUGGAAGUUCGUGUGAGGCAGGCAGCAGGGGAAGUUUUAGGAGCUCUGUGUCAGAAAGAUGGCGGAGUUACAUAUGCCUCUUGUCGUCAUGAUGUCUUAGAAUUGGUGAGAAGUAAUCUUGAAAGGCAGGUGACAGAUGAUGAAGCAUCAAGAAGUGAACAUGAAAGCACAAGACAGUUAAUGGAGAAGUUAUCUGCAGGAUCUAGAGAAAGGAGGAACAGUGGUGAUGCUGCCCAGAUUUUUCAUGAUACUGCAGGAUGGCGCAACUUGGAGACAAAUAUGAAAUGUUUAGAAUUUAUGAUAUAUGGCAGUGGCCCAAAGUUUCUCCCUUACAUUGAUCAGGAUUUAUUGGACCUCAUAUUUACUACCCUAGGCCACACCAAUCGGUUUGUGAGGGAAACUGGUUUCAAUGUAUGUGCUGCUCUAGUAUCGUGUGGCUCAAGUGAGCCAGCAGAAUUACUGGAGACAAAUCCAGUGUUUACAUUUGGUGAACAGUUGUCUCAGAAUUUAGCGAAGGGAUUAGCUGACAACUGGAGUCAGGUACGUCUAGCAGCAUCAGUGGCUUCAAGGAAGUUUCUUCUAUCGCUUCCUCCAUCAGCAAGAGAAAAAUUUUUCCCUCUACUUUUGCCUCGUUUAUGCCUUAAUAGGUACUAUGUUGCAGAAGGAGUAAGGUUACACUCACAAGAGACUUGGCGCCAGGUGGCAGGUUCAGAUGGAAGAAGCCUGGUUGAAAAGUACAUCGAUUCAGUGGUUACAUAUUAUAUAGAGGCAACAGGAGCUGAUAACCAUGCAGUCAGAGAAGCUGCUUGUGCAUGUAUAGCUGAAUUGGCUCUCAAGAUUGCCAAGGACGCUGUAAGAAAGCAUGUACCUGAUUUAUUGCAGACUCUCACUAUUUGUUUUAAUGAUGAUUCCUGGCCUGUGCGGGAUGCUGCUUGUGUAGCAUGUGGCAGUUUUAUACUCUGUUUUCCUGAUGAAGCAAAAAAUUCCAUGGAGUUGCUGUAUCCUCUUUUCUUCACCAACUUAGAGGAUAGCAUUCCAUCAGUACGACAGGGUGCAGCAAUAGCUAUUGCUAAUAUAGUGAGGGCUUAUGGAAAAGAAGUUUUACCUAUGAUCUUCGAAAAGAUGAGAGAAGCAUUUAAAGGUGUAGAGAAUCAGCCAUCUGAGUGCGAGCGUUAUGGUGAUCUGGAAAGUGGUGGUGCUACAUAUGGUGUUGUUAAGCGGAAAAGAGAUAAUGAUAUGGAUCUUCACACCAACAAACAAAUGUAUUCAUGUGGAUCUUUAGCUCCAAAGAUGGGACGUGGUGCAGGUGGAUGUAGUGAUUGCAAAUUUCGUCGUCCUCCACAACUUUGGGAAAGAGCAGAUGGUUUUUUGUAUCUAGCUAGUGAACUGGCUGGCAUUCCUGAUUCUUCAUCAGAAGUUGUCAAUUACUUGAGCCUCAUGGCAGAAGCUGUUAAACACAAGCAUUACACAGCUCAUGUAACAUUGCUUGAAACCUUGUGCAAGACGCUUCCUCAGUUAGCUAAAGGAUUAAACAAGAGAGUUUUCAAGAGCCACCUUCAUCUCUUUCUGGAUUCCAUUUUCUAUGCAUUGGAAUGUGAGAAUGCUUUAACAUCUUCAGCUGCAAGCCAGUGUUUAACCCAACUAGCACAAUUUCUGGGCCCAAAUAUUCUUCGUGGACGUGUGGAAGAAUAUAAUCCAAGUUUCCUGAAAGCUUUUGAUGCCAACAACUGCAUUGCACCUCUGUGAUAGCUGAUCUUCAUGCAGAUGCACUUACGUUGCAGCCUUCAUAUCAUCAUUUCUUCAUUAUUUUGCAUUACAACAUGGCAUACUUGUCAGUGUAAAUAGUGGAUCAAAAUCCAAAUAAUUAGCACAUGCAAUAUAAAUAAAAGUAUUUUAUGUACUAUUUAAAUCAGUCUGCCAUUGUAAAGCACUGACAGUAUUGUAUUAAAUGCUGUAGUUCAUCAGUGUCAUUUAAUUACAUCAGCACUUGUAUUUUUGUAUUCAUGUAUCAGUACUAUACCACUAUUGCCAUUAACUAACAUUGUCAUUAUGUUAAUUACUUUAAAACUGUAUUAGAAAAGUAAAUGUGAUGGUUAUUGAUCUCAUGGUUUGCUUAAAUUUAACACAAUUCACAUUGUAAAUAUCAGAUCUAAUACUGAACAGAAUUUUUGUGCUUCCAUUGAAUGGGUAAAUUCAUUCCAUCAUCAUCAGGUAAAUAUUACAUCAUUUAAUAUAUUUUCUCUUAUACAGAACAAGCAAUUGGUGUGACUGUCAAUACUGAUUAAAAUUAACUACAUGUCAGAUGUUUUUGCAUCCAAGUAAGAUAGCUAUUCUCUAAAAAAGGUCCUGUAAGUUCUGCUAGGAAAAAAAAAAGGCCAUGGAAAUUAAAUUUCAACUGUUACCUGUUCUGGCAAACUAAUAAAGCUAUCCCCCACAUGUUUAUGAAUAAUAAGUUCCAAGCCCUGUAUUAAGCUCUGCAUAUGUUUGAAAUUACUUACAACAGCAAACCCUUGCCAUAUGAUUUUUUAACAUAUACAUGUACCUAUGAUACCAUUUACUCUGAAAGCUAAGCAUACUGAAAUAUGAAAUAACUGGAUAGAAUAGUUAUAACAAUACAGGACUUGUAACUAAAUGUAAUAAAAAUAUGUAAUUUAG